AUGGCAUUUCCAGCAAACUUCGUGCACUCCUCCGUCCUGGACUCUCCCGUUCUGGACUUGGUUACAGAUUCAGAUUUUGGCCUGGCCUUCCCAGAAUCCGACCAGACCGAGCUGCACAGCGCGGAUCUGUGCAACAGACUGUGCGGUUUUGCAGGAAUGCGGGAGUUUUCCGAUGAGUCCAUUCCGUUUGGAGACCACGGGGAGCAGGUGAAUGGCUUUGGAGACCAGGGAAGAUCCGAUAAAUUGGGAUCUCUCGAUUCCCUGAUGGUCAGACCCCAAAGGAAACGUGUGAUCACCCAUGCUCAGCGUCAGGCUGCCAAUGUCAGGGAGAGGAAAAGGAUGUUCAGCCUCAAUGAAGCGUUUGAUCAGUUAAGGAAAAAAGUGCCCACCUUUGCAUAUGAGAAACGCCUGUCGAGGAUUGAAACCCUGCGACUUGCGAUUGUCUAUAUCUCGUUUAUGACCGAACUUCUGAAUAAUAAAGGGAAAUCUCCAAUUCCAGAAUAG